AUGACGAAAGGUGAAAAAUCGAGCCAUGUGAGAAUUGCUAUUCUUGUUUUGGGUCUGCUAUUGAGCAUGGCUAUUUACUGUAAUCAACAAGCUAUGAGCUUCACAAUCAUUUGCAUGCAAGAUGUCGUCGAAUCGCAGUCGUCCAAUACCACUGAAGGGCACUGGUUGGAGAAUCCUGCUAAGAAGAAUGCACUAUUUUCUGUAGUUGCAGUGGGUCAAUUACUUGGAACCUUACCCAUCAUCCCUAUCAUGCACGCCUUUGGAUUGAGAUACACUUUCGUCUUCUACGGAAUAGUAUCAACACUAGGAACAGCCAUGCUUCCACUUACUGUCGAACUUGGGCACAUUUUCGUGAUGAUUGCAAGAAUUAUGCAGUUUUCUUCGAUUCUAACAAUGCCAUUAGCGAGUGCCUUUUGUGAGUCUUCGUUUGGCUGGAGGUACCUCUACUAUUCACUGGGGAUUGCAAGUGCAGCUGCGGUGAUCUCAUUCUUUGUUCUCUACCGAGAUGAUCCGAAAAAUCAUUGGUAG